AUGCUGAUGACGGCCAAUGUAUCAGCAGAUUCCUGUUUGACGGGAAAAGUAUGUGGUGAUUAUCCUCGAACAUUUUGCUGUCCAGAAAACAAUAAGUGUGGUACAUAUACAGAUAGACUGUGUUAUACGGAGGAAUCAAAUGGGCCAACGACGGCUGGCAUCAUAUGUAUCAUUGUGAUUGGCUUAUUCAUCCUUUUUUGGAUAGUCAAAGCUUGUUACACAUGCUACUGUUCACGUAAUGGCUACCAGUCCGUACCAUCAUCUGAUCCAUCAUAUUUAUCACGAUCGGGAGCUGUUGUUUGUACAGCAGCAGCUACAAGUUACUGUUGA